AUGUCCGGAGACCCCCUUGUUACCAUGCUGCGCCGGCUCCCAGGCAAUUAUGCGAACAUAUCGCAUGUGAUGGCCGCUGAUCCAACGUUAGCGGCCAUUUUUAACAACACCCUAGAGACGAGUUCUAUAAGCUGGGCCAUGUCUAGCCUUAUUACUAUCUUGUCCAUGUUGAACUAUCACAGCCAACAGCCUGCCUUUGACUGGGUCGACAAUAUCACGGUAUCAUUCUUUGAGAACGUUCUGUUUCUUGGAGACUAUGUGGGAUUGACAAUCGUCUUGUGGGUGUUGGCAGCUCAUUUCGUCGUCAUGGCAACUCUGAUCGUCAUGUUCGUUCGAGACACGCGCUCGACCCUUCUUGGCAAAGCAUGGUCUGCGCUGGCUCAGGUUCUUGAGUCACAAGAGGUUGAGGAGCAUAUAGUAGGCGCAAGUGAGAAGACCGAUUCAGAGAUCUCAAAAGAACUCCAAAAAACGCAACAAGGAGGGCUAAGAGCAAGAGUAGAGCACAGGGGAGGUAGUUUUGAAGUUGUAAGAUAA